UAGAAAUGUAUGCUUUCCUAGGGUUGAUGGUUUCCCUACUGGCCCUUGGAGCUUGUGCCCCAUUGCAAGGAACAAGCACCCGCAAGAAACUCCUGCUGGUUUCCUUUGACGGUUUCCGCUGGAACUAUGACCAGGAUGUGGACACCCCCAACCUGGAUUCCAUGGCAAGAGAUGGGGUGAAGGCACGUUACAUGACUCCUCCAUUUGUUACCCAGACAAGCCCAUGUCACUUCAGCCUUCUGACAGGGAAGUAUAUUGAGAACCAUGGGGUGAUUCAUAACAUGUGGUUCAAUACCAGCACUGGGCAGAAGCUUCCUUAUUACUACACACAGAGGGUGUCUUCCUGGUGGGACAAUGGCAGCCUCCCUAUUUGGAUCACAGCACAAAGGCAGGGUUUGAAGACAGCCUCCCUUUUUUUCCCUGGGGGAAACGCCACCUACCAAGGGGAACAGGUGAACAUCAAGCGAGUAGAAGGUUUCUUUCACAAGUAUAACAAUGUGACUGAGUGGAGGCAGAACAUCGAUCUUGUCAUGAAGUGGUUCACCACGGACAAUCUUGACUUUGUAGCCCUUUAUUUUGGAGAGCCCGACUCCACAGGACACAAAUAUGGCCCAGAGUCUCAGCAGAGGAAAGAAAUGGUUAGUCAAGUGGACCAGACAGUUGGUUACUUGAGGAAGAGCAUCAGGGAGCAUGGCAUGAGCUCAGCACUGAAUCUGAUCAUCACUUCUGACCACGGCAUGGAAACAGUAAUAAAAAAAGAUGAAAUUCACCUCCAGAAAGUGGCAAACUUCUCUUUUCGGGACAUUCAGUUUGAGCUGGUAGAUUAUGGACCACAAGGGCUACUGGUGCCAAAACCAGGAAAACUAGAAGAAGUUUAUGAGGCCCUGAAAAACGCUCACCCCAAGCUCCACGUCUAUAAGAAAGAGGAAUUCCCCAAGAGAUUCCGUUAUGCCAACAACCCCCGGAUCACACCUCUUGUGUUGUACAGUGACCCUGGCUACGUCAUCCAUGGGAGAAUCAAAGUGCAAUUGAACAAUGGGGAACAUGGCUUUGACAAUCAAGUGAUGAACAUGAAAACCAUAUUCCGGGCUGAAGGACCAGCCUUCAAGAGAGGUCUGGAGGUGGAGCCUUUUGAAAGUGUGAAUGUUUAUGCUCUGCUUUGCGAACUGCUGGAGAUCAAACCAGAGCCCCACGAUGGAUCCUUGAAUGCCACAUGGCACAUGCUGCUCAAGUCUGCAGGAACGGAUCAGAUUUCCCCUCCAGGAACGGAUCAGAUUUCCCCUCCUCAUUCUACUUGGGAACUGGCGUUGGUGCUGAGCUUAGUUGCCUGCCUGGGAUGUGUGAUUGGGAUUGCUUGCUAUGUGUUGAUGUAAGGGUGUCCUCCAACUUCCCAGGAAAAAUGGUAGCCAGUGGAAAGAAGUGUUCAACCUAGUUGAUAGAAGACAGUAACUCCACUGAAUGGCAGAAGGGGACAUUAUUUCAAGAAGCAACCAUCAAGUUUUCAAGAAGCCGGCAACUGAUGACUCUUCCACACAAGAUAGAUGGAAUGGAAGGUGCUCUAAGGAGUUGUGCUGGGGGGGGGUGUAGAGUAAACUAUAGAAAGACUCUCGUCAUUUCAGCUAUCAACAUGCUGUUGGUCAGAGUGUUUUACAUGUGACAGAGUUGAGAGGAAAAGCCAUCUUUGCUCUUUCUAUAGUAUUCCUAACACAACCAUAUCUGACUGGAACAAGAAUUUUAUCUGUCUCCACUCAUCCCACACCCAAAAUAGCGAAGCUUGAUUAACCUUUGGUGGAUGACUGAGAGUCUCUUUUGCAAAGAGGAGUUGAUAUCACCAAUAUAGGGAUAAGGUAAAAAUGUUUUUUACAUGGCUCACAAGACAUUUAAGGGCACCCAACUGAUUUUCCAAGCCCUCUUGCAACCAAGGGUCAACCUUUUCUGUUUGUUGCAGGAGUGUGAUAAAUGAACUUUGAGCCCAAAUAAGCUAAUCAGCCUGGAACAGUAAGGUCAGGCAAGUUUCAUUUAGCAUU